AUGUCUAAUGACGUUUACCGUGCUAACGCUACAAUAAAAUGUGAGGACGCCAUUGAAGUACGUGCUCUCGAUUUCGGGUAAAUAUAAUAUCGACCCUCGAAUUGGUUCCCAAAAUUAUAAAACCACCGUACCACCAUCGUCGCCGCAAGUUCACUCGCUCACCUGAUAUACCGAGUAGGGAUAACGAUGGUGGGGACAAACCGUUAUUGAUCGGUAGGUCGGAUGCUACAUAUCAGGACAGCAGUACUGUUUUUUCCUUUUCCAUUGAUGAUCGCGUCCCCACGUAUUUAUUUUUAAUUUGUACGUAUCUUGUUCUUUUAAAACUAUGAAGCUAAAUAUAAGGUUUCCGUGUUUAUUAUAUGGUUGUCCAAAAUCAUAUUGCAGCAAAUCUUCAAUGAUGAGACACUAUAAAAUACAUAUUAAAAAAUAUAGGUGCAACCGAUGUGGAAAAUAUUUUAACUAUAAAGAUACAAAAGAUCGGCAUAUGAAAAGAAAAAACCCAUGCAAAAUUCAAGAUAUACAAGGUAGGUGAAUUUUAUUUGGUAUAUUUAAAGUAAUUUUAGUUCAUGGUUAGGGCUAGGAUAAUGGUUUUUAUUAAAAAUCUACAUAAAAGGCAUUAAAAAGUUACCAAAAUGCUACAAAAAAACCAUUUUUAAACAUGAAAAUGCUAUUUAAAAAUUAUCUUAAAAUGUAAAACUUUGACACACAUGUUUACACAAAAUUGGACACGCAAAACGCAUAUUUGUUAUCCAUAUUUGUUUAUGCAUUUUAAUUUUUAAUAUAAUAUAUCUGAGUAUAACUACACAGAGUGAUUCACUCAGCUGGAAACACUCAUUAUCUAGUAAAAUAUUAACUCGAAACCUUUAACCAUUUGGGAGUAAAACUACCACCAUUAUUAUAAAUACUAUAGAAUGCUCACUGGUUGGUUUUUCGACGGCGUAGUAUAAAACUCCCCAUAGAUGGUAAUUAGAUCGUUAUAAUUAUAUUAAAUUAAAAUAAUUCACAUAUUAUUUUGUUGACGAUCAUAAAGGUCGAGUGCGGGAAAUCCGGCUCACGAUUAUGCAUCGAUUAUAAAUAGGGGUACUGUGUUUUUCGUUUUCGAUUUUUACCAUAACGAUGUUAAUUAGUUAUUAUUAAUUAUACUAUUAUUAAUUUAUACAUUAUACUCGUUAUAGCCACAUAAUAAUACCGAGUAAUAAAUACUUUCUAAAUUUUUAAAUUAAACAUUAAAUAUUUAGGUAUAGAUCGGUACUUAUAAACUUAAUACAGUUAUAAUAUUUAACAAAUUUAAAAACUAACUGAUAUUAUAAUGACAAUAUACUCGUACAGUACAAUAAAAUAAAACAAUCAAUAAUAAAAAUGAUCUUUUUAUCAUUUAUUUUGUAAUACAGGUCUGUAACUUGUCCGUAUUCAGUACAACUCGUAUUUUAUUCAUCGUAUUUUCUACUUUGCAUUGUUUGAAUAAUUUUUUACGAAAUAACAAUUCAAUAGUAUAAAUAUAAUGUUUAUGAAAAAUUGAAUUCCGGAGAUAGGGAUUUUCUAUAGAUUUUUGAUAAAGUAUUUUCUUUAAAUUGUAGUAUAAUUUUUUUUCACACUUGAUAUUUGGAAAUAAUAUUUUAAAUACAUUUAUUAAUAGAUUGCAACUAUAUCUAAAAGUUUAUCUGAUGGAAUUUUGAAACUUUUUGUGGAUUCAAUAUUGUCGAACAUUUUAUUGAGUAUUCAGCGAUGGAUAAUUUAGAUGAUGUUCAUUAUUUUUAGUCAGAUCGCAAUCUAAAAAUAAACAUUUGUCCCAGCAUUUUUUCGCUAAAUAGCCUGCAAAAUAAACUAUUGAACAUGAUUAUAAUGAUGUUUCCUCGUAAUUUAUAGAAUUGUUUAAAGACAAAGAACUAUUUAAAUCGGAGUUUGUUUUAUCAAUUGCUGUUUCUUCUGCAUUUAUAAUCGGUUCUUCAGUAGGAUUAAUUGAAAUAUCUUUUAUUAUGUCAAUGUUGAGAAAUUCGGUUUCAUCAUGUUCGCAAUUAUUACAUGUAGAUAAACAUUACAUUAAUUAUAAGAGCAUAUGUGACCAAAACAGCACCGAAAGGUCCUAGUUGUUGGAUUUCUGUUGUAAUUAUAAAAAAUUAAAUAAUAAAACAAUAUUAUUGGAAGUAUAUUCUGUUUCUAAUUAAUUAUAAUUUAUAUUUUUAUAAAAAUUUGAUUCUAAAGAGAUUCCCAAUCAAUGACAAUUAAUAUUUAAAAUAAAUUAUAAAAUAUAUUUAUAAUAAUUAUUAUAUUUUUUAUGUACUCAUAUUUUUGACGCACUAUCGAAAAUAAAUUUUCCAAGGGAUCUUGUGUUAAUCGAUUGAUUAAAAGGAAGUAAUUUUUAUUUGAAGAAGUGUUCUUUAUUUUUAAUUUUUCAGAUUCGUAAAGUUAACGGAUUGCAUUUGUUGUCCACAUGAUUCUAACAAAACAUGGUGGAGUGCUUGUUUUUUUUGCCUUACGACAAAUUUUUGUGAUAUUUAAAAAAAAUUGAUUAGCUUUGUUUAAAUUUUCUAAUAUUUGUGGAUUGCGAUUACAUAUUGGUAUUCUAUUAGGAUUCCGGUCAUAUAAAGUUUCUAGUAUUAGCUGAAUCAAACAUUUUAUGAACUACAUCAAUAAAAGAUGCGCUGUAUUGAUAACAGGUAACGUCUUUAUUUUACCCGUAGCAAUGCAGAUUUUUAUAGCAGCAGAAAUUGUAUCCCAAAUUUGCAAUUUUUUUUUUUAAUGGAUUUAGGUUUAAUUCUGUUGGUGUGAUUAAUGCCUUUACACUAUUAUUUACUUCCAUCUCAUAUGCCAUUUUUAUAUCAUUUAAUGACAUUAAUUUAUUUUUAAUUAACUCAAAAUUUCCAUUUAAUAAAUUGUUUCUUAUGUUCUAAUUAGGUGUGGCAUGACAUAAAUUAAAUAUAUGUUUGGUGCACAUAUCACAGUCGAUGGUUUGUCUUCAUUUCCUCUAAGAAGAGAUACAUGUGAUGAUUUUGUGUGCUCUGAUUGCAAGUUAUGUAUGUUGGGAUUAAAUCUAGCUUUAAAAUUGGUUUAAUACUAUUUUUAGUUAUAGUAACAAAAUUAUCUCAUUUUACACCACUACCAGUAAAAAAUAACAUAGUGGAAACUUCCAAUUUAAAUACAGUCCGCGAACCAUAAGUUCAUAACAAUCAAUGCGUAAGAAACUAUUUUAUUAGUUCGUCCUAAUGUCCCCAAAACUUCAAAUCCUUCAAUUUCGUCUAAAACCUUAUUAUAUUUAUUAGAACACUCACUUAUAGAGAAUACCUCACCAGACUAUCAGCAAAAGUUAAGACUCGUCAGAGCAUCAUUUCAAAGCUAUCUAGCUCAACAUGGGGAGCCGAUGCAAACACGUUACGCAUAAGCACGCUAUCAUUAGUAUAUUCUGUAGCUGAGUAUUGUGCUCCUGUUUGGCUUAAUAGCGUCCACACAAAGAACGUAGAUAAAAACCUUAAUGCAGAAAUGCGCACGAUUGGCGGGAUGACAAAAUCCACACCGCUAAAAUGGCUACCAGUGCUUAGUAACAUUGCUCCGCCAAAGUUACGAAGAGAACACGCACUCCUGCAAGAAUGGAAAAAGUACGCUAAUAACCCCUCCCUUCCCAUACACGCGAACCUGAUUACAUUAGAAAAUGUUCACUGACUCAAAUCCCGAAAACCAUCGUGGAAAACAACAAGGUAUCUCACCAGAGAUAAAUUCAAUAUAAGUUAUAAAUGGGAAAGCGAAUGGACAAUAGAAAACCCAGAUAACCAAAAACUGGUAAUUAACCCAACUAUCAAACAAUCAGGAUUUGAACUUAAAAGAAAUACUUGGGUAACGCUAAACCGUAUCAGGACUGGCCAUGGUAGGAGUGGUCACAUGAUGUAUAAAUGGGGACUGCGUGACACUGAAACGUGUGACUGUGGCUAUGAAUCCCAGACGAUCACCGUUAAAUAUCCAAUUCUUGCAUUUAAAGGCACCAUGGAAGAUAUCCACUUGGUGAAGGAUGAAGUGGUGGAAUGGAUGAAGAACCUGGAUUUGGAGUUAUAA